ACGAGAUGCUGUUUAGUAUUUGUCCAAUGUUGACAUUUAAACGUCAAUGCUGACGGUUCAUCAACAUGCAAUGGCUCUUUUUUUAGACUUGGUGUCUGGUGACAUUUCGUUGAUUCAUGUCUUUACUUGGCUCACAAACGGCACUGUUCAUGAGGAUAUCAGAGAACUACUGACGAAUGAAACUGAAAAUGCCAGAUAUUCUUUUCCUGUGUUGUUGGCAAAUUUUAUCAGAGAACAGUCUUCAAGUCUUUUGAAGUUGCACAAUGUUAAUCCUAUUGAACAAAACAUUGUGUCCUCACCAAAGAAGGAAAUUUUUAUUCCAACUGUCCAUAAUUUGUCACUGGGAAGCCCCAGCCCGAAUUCCAGGAAUGGGGGGAACUUCCAAGAAACGAGGAGAAUUCGUAAAGUUACGCCACAAAGACUGGAUCUUUCAAAUGAUUCCGCUUUUCCAUCGCUCCAGCAAUCUGCCCAAAUAAGAGAAAUUCCAAAGAAACGAAGGAUCAAUCCAACUCAGCUUGUCGACAGCCCUAGAGCACCAGUGCAAUUUGGUUCUUAUUCAAAACCAAGUCCACCUCCCAUCAUCGGCAAUGCUUUCAAUCAAGCCAAAGAGCAGGCCAGUCCCAAGAGCUUUGAUCAAGAACGAGCCCUGCUCAAGGAAAAGAAACAGCAACUCACAAUCCCUGUCAUGCCAGACUUGGUAAACAACAAAUCGAAGACUUGGACUUGCGUCGAGCCGGACAUGAAUUUCGUCACUCGCCAAACAGAACUGGACCGUCUGAGUGCCCUCGUUUCAUUUUGUGUUUCACGCCAUUUGAUCUCGUCUCUAUACAACGAGAUUCACUUUUUAAUUCAGCUCCUGGUCAUCCGCGUGAGUCCCGCCAAAUUAAAGCAAGCUCAUCUGGCAGCUGGUAGUAGUCUGCUCACUCUGCUGCUUGGUAGCGUUCACAACUGCGUGUAUUUUUCGGCCAAGACACUGGAGACGCUGGAAGAGGUUUGGCGCCAUGUGGAUCCAACUACUUUGCAGCAACUGAUGCGUAAUCCGAGAUUGCUCCUCUUCAGUCCCGAGUGGGUCAACGGCAAGCUGACUGGGCUAUUCUCUUCUCUAAAAACCGAAGAUCGAAUUACUCCACAGAAAACUGUUGCCAACGUGGCGUUCCAGUCUGAAACUGACAACAGGUUCAAUUUCGCCAGCGAUUCGUCCUUUCAGUUUUUCCGGAAGCAACGCGAUCAAUUCUGCGAGGUCUGGCAGAUUUGGAAAGUCAACAGUUCCAUUCCAUCGUGGAACAUGGCCCUGGGACUGCAGAAAAUGAUCCAGUCACUGGUGGAUCUACGCAGGGAUUGCGUCAAUUACGCCCAUUUGGCCCGACUAUUCCGCUCGCAGCUGCUGAACGUGGCCCAGCUAGUCAAGCCUAUAAAUAGCGAAGAAGAACGAAACGGACCACUCGGCCAGCUCCAGUCCUCUGACCCUGACAAGCUCCGCCGACUGAGGGAACGUUUGAUCAAUCCGCCCGACAGCCGUCCGACUCGCUGCGUUGGAAGUGAAUCCGACAUCAAAAUGAAUUUCGAAGGCGAUCAAGAAUUUUUCCGCGAUUUCAUCCUGUUGGCCGCCAGCCCGUCCUUUAACGAGCACUUGAAGACCAACCUAUUGAGCGGAAUCGAGGAUUUGUCUUCCAGCGACGAUUGCGACGAUCGUGCCCAAUUCGCUGAGAAUGUCAUCGCUCUACAGGUGAUGGCCAAAUUUUUGGCAUUCCUCCAUUUCUAUCCACACGCAUCCGCCGAUCACCUGCCGGAGCACGUCUUCCACAACUUGAGCCGAUUGCGGAUGAGUCAGAGAGAACCCAUCGAUUUGGUCAGUUACAUUAAAGAAGCCUUUCACAAAGGUCGUUUGGUGCUGGUCAUCCCGUGGGUGGUAACUUACCUCACGCUGGCGGAUCCAGUUGCCUUUUCCCUUCCGGGCUUCCAUUCCGUUCUCUGCCACCUGAUUUUCAUCUACCGGAAAGCGGAAUUGGCUCCGGCCAACGCCUUCCUCGUCCGCGUUUCACUUAGUUGGCUUUUUAAUCAACCCAAUUUCCCGCUGCCGUUGCUGGCCAAGUCGGACGAGGAAUUGGUUGUCCAAUUACGUCAUCAUUCUUUGGCCGUUGACGAUCAGUUGCCUCAGCUGGAUCGGUCAACGCAUUUGGUCGACCCGAGCUUAAUUCAUCAAUGCUGCCCUUACCUCUGGUCCUGGAAGCAUUUGCUGGCCGAAUUCGCCUGUUCGGAUGCCAAGAGUAGCGGGGAAGGAAAGGCUUCCGUCAGCCGGAAAAUCACGCCCGUCUCGGCAGAGGAGAGUCCGUCGCCAGUCAAAACUCCCGUCGUCAAAUCGCUGCAACAAUCGCUGGAAGAGAAUUUCUUCCAGAAUCAGCCGGCGUCCGUCAAGCGGACGGUGGAAUUUGUGGCGGAACGAUUGGCUUCCAACGUGGUCCGCGACAUCCGCCAUCAGAUUAUUCCGCGUUUAGUCCACGACGCUCAAACGUCACUCAAGACCGGGAGUGAUUCAUUUGCCACCGUCAAAGAUCCCGUGGAAUCCUUGUGCCGGCAGCUCUGCCUCGACGUCCGGAACGAAUCGAUUUCUUCCGCAACAUCCGCCGUCGCUUCCAUCGAAUCGACGUUGACGGCUCUGCUGCCCAAUGAUCUACUACCUCCGGUUCAAAGAGUCUGUGUCGUCAUCGCUUCCAAAUUGACCCACGGGAAAGUUGUCGAUUGGAUCCACCUUCACGUUACCAAUGGUUUGUUUAAAAACGAUUUGGAAGUCGAGUUGGCCAAACUGGACAAGAACGUUAACCUCCGUUUAACUAAUACUGUAACGGUUAACGAUAAUCUUCCGGUGAUCCACGAUCCGGCCACUUUGGCUCCAUCAUUUCUCAUUGAGAGACUCAAGACUUUGAUCCGGCAAGUGAUUCGAGACGCUUGCAAAGUGACUGGCCAAGAGGUGGCCGAGUUGCUGGCCAGCACGGACGGCACAUUGCAUAGGCGUGUCGACGUGACGCCGCUCGUUUCCAAGUGCCUCCAGCAGCUGACGUUUGACUUUCUCUUUAUUCUCUGCGUCUUUCAGCCGGAAAGUGUCGGAUCGCAGACGAUUGUGGCGUGGGUAGAGUUUUGGUCGCGAGCUUAUCCGUCCAGGGAGUCGUCGGUUCCUCUGGAAACGGAAGAACAACAACCACCUGGGGCGUCGACAUCCAUCUGGCAAGUUUUGACUCCCAAACAGCUGCUGUUGCUGGCCCAAUCAACUGCUCCUAGAGAGUCUUGGACUCUUGUCUCAACUUUGCUCGUCCAGCUGAUGAAGGCCGGCCUUAUUCGCUACAAAGACGUCCAGGAGCAAGCCGUGGCCGUCGUCCGUCAAGAAUGGCCCCAGGAGCUGCUGGGUCGAUUUGCGACUUGCGUGAGGGACAUUGUCGACUGGCACAGCAGCCGGCCCAAAAGUGAGUCAUCCGGGGAGAAUCCGGACUGCAGCAGCAGCAGUGCGGACAAUGAAGAAGACGACGGACUUUUGAGUUGGUUGUCUUGGUUUUGUGCCCAAGACGACUUGUAAAAUUGGGUUGGGUUGGCCCAUAACUUGUGUUACUGAAUUAAAAGACACUGGACCUCAAACUUGGCCAUUCCCCCCCCCCCCUCUCCUCCUGGAAAAAAGAAAUGAAAUUUCCAAAGUUUCCGUUGUCCACUGAAAUUACAACGCACUUUUGGUAAAAGGGUAUGUUUUGUUGGUCCUCUGGUUUUCUUGGAUCGAAUUCAAUUGAAAUCAAAUGAAAUUUUCAGCGACUA